GCUCCCCUAUUCGGGAAAUUUGCGGAAAUGAUCAGAACCGGCUUGAACACUAUAUAUAGAGGAGUUGUAUCAAGUUGUUUUAGUAAGCAAAGUAGCACCAAUUUCUACAAACAAUGAAUCUUAGGCUGGUCUCCAUUUUGAAAAUGACUAUAGCAGUGGCACUAUUUGCUCUGCAGUGUACAUCACAUCCGGUGUCGAGGUGUCACGGGUGUCGAAUAUUUGAUCCCCCCAUCCGGCCACUUGAUUAUGCAGACUAUGACGAUUCAGAAAGACAGGACACUAGCUCUAUCUGCCCCUGGACAACAGUAAUGAUCGAAGACGUGGAACGCGUCCCUCGACAACUACCAUCCACCACGUGUACCAAGUCCUCCGUUGUGUUUGAAUUGAACGGGAGUCCGGUGGAGUACGCAUGCGAGUUGGUGGAGGUGAUGGUUUCCGUACUAAAGUAUUACCCGUCCUCGGGAUACUGGGGGAGAAGUGAGGACCCGGUCUCUGUGGCCUGUACGGCUGUUCGGAAACAGAGCUAGCAGUACGGAUGUCUAGGAUGCUAUUUUAUUCUAAUUGACUUUUAUAAUGGUUGUGAACCUUGAAGUGUGUGCUUAAAAUACGUUGUAUUGUUUUAAGUGCAAAACAAUUCUGAUCCUUCUGAGGAAAUUAUCUGUCUCUAGUUGUCUACAAUUGAUAUACGGUAUCAAAAUUAUUUAUUUUAUUUACCUGUGUGGAUAUGACCCCCGCGGCCACUGGCACUGAAUAGACAUUUUAUCCAAUUUUUUCCACAUACCUUUAUACCUAGGAGUUGUAUGAUUUGUUGAAUUUGUUUUUAUUUUUAUUUAUGAAUGAGUUUUUUCUUUCAUUUUACCUGUAAUGGCAUUGAAAGAUGGUAUCACUUUAGUUUUGCUUCAAGGGUUGUAUUGUUGCUGAUCACCAUUUUGUCGUCUUUAUCACACAGCGUAUAAAACUAAGGUAUUUUAUUUGGAGAGUAUGUCCUGCUUAUGCAGAUUUUCAUAUACUUUGUUGAAGAAUGACUGUGCAUAUUUUGUACGUAUUAGUUUUAUUUCGAUCUUCUACAUGCAGCUGUUGAUUAUCCUGUGUUUUGUUUUUACUUCUACAUGAAACAGUCGCAAAAUGUUUCCUUGACAUACAUAUGCAUAUUUGGCAAAAUGUCUAGAUUUUAUAUAUUUAGUCAAUGAUUUUUUUUAAUGUGUUAUCAGCAUUUGAUAAUUACGUGCUUGUGUUUUUUGGAUUUUUAACACAUGAUGAUCAAUUAUUUAGUAUCGUUUUAAAUACUUCAUUUAUAGUUCAUUUAUUUAAGUUCAUGAAAUCGCUCCCUGUAUUUAUGUUGUGACCAAUAAAAAUGAAAAAUUAUCGAA